UCUCAUCUUAUUACAAUCCCACGAUAUUCGCAACAGAGAGAAAGCAAGACGAAAGACAAAAGCAAGACGAAAGAGAAGAAAGAAGAAAGAAGAAAGAAGAAAGAAGAAAGAAGAGUUAUGGCAGAUACUCUAUCGUACUUACGUUUAUUCGAAGGAGAAUUGGAAAUUGGUGAUGAUUUCUACGAAAGCUUCGAAGCUCCUAAGUACGUAGAUUUCACCAAACCGGAUUCUUGCCAUCCCGGCGAGGACCGCCACUGGUUCUGCUCACGUGUUGGGUGCGAUCUAAAGCAUGAGCAAGAAUUGGAUCCUGAGACAGUUGAGAAGAAUUUUGUUCUUCGGGUUAUGGCUGCAAGAAGUCCCAAUGUACGACUUAGAAAAGCUUUGAAAAAAAAAGAAACAAGCGCAAAGUUGAAAUGCCCCCUUACAGCUCCUGCAAAGUCAAGGGUUUCAAGGAUGGACUAUAUUUCCUCGUUAUCACACAAGAUGACCGACAAGAAUGUCAAAGUUAAACCUCUUUCUAAGGUUGCAGCAACCCCCAUUGCUAAAGUGAGGCCAUCACCUUCGGUGGCCAAGGCUUUGACCACUCCAAGGAAUCAUCAAAAGAAGGUUUCCAAUGCAGAAUCGUUUAGGAGUGUUCAGAGCAAGAAAGUCUUGACUGUUGGUGAUCCUAAGAGCAGAGUGGUGUCUAAGCCUCUUGUUUUUCAGUCGCCCAAGAAGGUCAUAAAGAUCAAGAGUUCUAUGGAAUUAAAAACACCAAUGAGAGCACUGUGUUCAGCAAUGAAAAAGCUUGAACUCGAUGGAGUGAAGAAGAAUGAAGAAGGAGGAAACAAGUCAUUGCCAGUGACUGCCUCAAAGAAGCAAUUGAAGGGAAGAGAGGUUAAAAGCCGUGUGUUUGAUUCCUUGUGUUCUAAUAAGCGUAAGGAACAAGAAACUAAAGCAAUGUCAAGUUUGAAGGAGAAGAAAGUGAAGAAAGGCACUCAGAAACGACAGGUUCAUCAAAAUGAGUCUAGUGAUAUGGAGAUAGAUGAGAAAUCUAGAUGUGGCUCUCUAGGAGUAUGCCUUGAAUCAGAAAUUUCAUCUCUUGGAGAUGAAAUUUCCCAAGAACCAAAAAGAGGGGAGGAGAGCUUAGUUAUGGUUCAAGUUUUGUCAGAGGCUUCGAAAUGUGACACUACCUCACUGUCAAAGGGAAAAGUUUCUGAGAAGGCUGAAGAAAAUUCAUUGGUUUCUUCUGAUGACAAAGAAAAUAGGAGGCAGCUCACUGAUGACAAGGAAAAUGCUUCAAUCUUUCAUGAAAAUAUAGAGAUGAGUACUGACGUGCCCAAAAGAAAGGCUAUUCUUGAGAGCAAGCAUGAGGAUGAUUCGAGAAGAACACAAAAGAAAUCUUCAUCGACCACAAAUGCUUCUCCAGUUGUGAAGCACAGAAAACUAAAGCCCACAAACCCUAAGCCUUUUAAGCUGAGAACUGAUGAAAGGGGAAUUCUUAAAGAAGCAACCUUGGAUAGAAAAAUUCUCUCACCUUUGAAAGAAACUGCAAUUAAAGUUGGUGGGACGGCAAUGAGGAAACAUCAGAUUGUAAACCAAAAAAGUGAAACUUAUGAACCAGACACUGAUUAUUAUAGCAGUUGUGAUGAGAAAUCACGCCCAAAAGCACAGGAAAACCAAUCUGGUGGCACUCAAAUUGACAACUCCAGCUGCAAGGUGCAACGAAAGUUAUCUGCUACAACACCUUAUAAUGUGAAUGAUAAAUUCAAAAGAAAAUCCGAAAUGACGCAGCGUAAAGAUCUGAGGCCUCUGAGUGGUUUACGAAGGAAGAAAGAAAAGGUUGUCAUUGCAACAAAGCUUAGUGCUAUUAUCGAAAAGCCAUCAGAUAUUGUGAAGCCAAAGGCAGCAAAGCCUAGGAAGGCAUUGACUGUUCCUAUUGAACCAAAUUUUCACCGUUUACAUGUGCCAAAGAAUUGCUCCAACAGGAAACGCACUAUUGGGGACUGAGUGGCAUCAUUGAAUUUAUAGUUUAGAAAAUAGUGUAUUCUAUUCUUUUUUUCUUUUAAUCUUGUAAAUGUGGUAAAUUCCAAGUUCAGAGAACUUUUUUUUGUUUACCACAUCAUAGAAAAUAGUGUAUUCUAUUCUUUUUUUUUUCUUUUAAUCUUGUAAAUGUGGUAAAUUCCAAGUUCAGAGAACUUUUUUUUGUUUACCACAUCAUAGAAUUAAAA